AUGCUUGUCCAGGAGUCUUACCAUGAUGUCCCCACCACGGCCGAUGGCUCGGGAACGAUGCUAACGGGCCCCGUGGCUCGGUUUGCCCGUCAGAUCGCCGGCCAAGGCUAUAUCUGCGCCGCUCCCUCCAGCUACCAUGAAUUUACGGGUCCGGAGCCUCUGCAGUACAACGCGGAAGACACGGACAAGGGCAAUGCGUGGAAAAUUGGCAAGAAACUGGCCGCCUAUGACGAGGAUGCCAGUCUGUCGGUCGACUAUCUGCUCUCGCUGCCUACUUGCAAUGGCCGUGUCGGCGCCACUGGCAUGUGUCUGGGUGGCCACCUGGCAUAUCGCUGUGCCCUGGAUAGCCGAGUCAAAGCUGCAGUGUGUUACUUUGCCACGGAUAUCCACAGUAAGACCCUCGCCAAGGGUAAGAAUGACGAUAGCCUGGCCCGGGCGAGCGAUAUCAAGGGUGAGCUGCUGAUGAUCUUCGGCAAGAACGACACUCAUGUCCCGCCCGAGGGCCGUGACAUGAUCCGCAAGACCCUGCAUGAGAAGGGGGUUCUGUUCAGCUUCUAUGAGGUUGCCUGGGCCCAACAUGCCUUUAUCCGCGAUGAGCUUAGCAAGGGCCGCUACGACCCAGCCAUCACCAAGUCCUGCUUCGAGAUGCUCCUGGAGCUGUUUGGGCGGACACUGAAGCUGGACCUGGGCGAGCAUGAUGGCAAGAAGUUGGUGGUCGAGGAUGUCUGCUAA